GUGGAGCCCGUGGAAAAGGGGAAGAGGAGAGAAAAACGGAAGGCAGACAGCUCGAAAAUGACUGACAAUGACAGUCAGAGGUUGGUGUACAUAGUGGUGUACGACGAGGAGGUAGGCGUGUGGAAAGGCGGGGGAGGGGGCCAAGUCGGAAAUGGAGGUCGUUCGGCCAGCGGGGAACAGCUGGGUCGGCACCCCCGUGGGAGCGGAGAGGAAAAUGGCGGUAACAACAGCAGUGGCAUCAUCCCCGAUGGACGCGGAGGGCGGCGACAGGGGGUGUCGGAAUCUCGAUACACCCGCUCGAUUUUGGCAUCGGCUUUGCAGUUGAUGGGUUGCAAGCCUAGACACGCGCACAAGGUUAGCGCACUUGUCUUUCAGAUGUUGCGCAAGCGCAUGGAGGCGGAGAGCAAACGGCGCGCACGAACGCGCGGACUCUUUCUACGUGGCAGAUCUGCGAGCGCAGAAGUGACGACCAAGUCCAGAUUGAGAGAAAAGGAUCCGAGCGGUGACACAUCGCCGCAGCCUCAGCGCAGAGCGGGGGCAUUAUCAACGGAGAGUAGGCAUCUUCUUGCCCCGGACGAGGCUGCGCCGGGACCCCGUGCGGACGGAUGCGACGAAAGGGGUGUCGGUGUCUGGGAUGGAAUCGUCAGAUCAGUUGGUAAGAUCGGACGGCGGGGAGGGGAGGCGUAUCAUCAGCAGCGCCAUCGUGGCAAUUCUGCGGAGGGGACCAAGGCGGCAAUCUCGAGUGCGGCCUGGGGUGUCGAUGGCGAGAUCGUCGAGCGAGGGAGGAGGAUGACAACCGCCACCCCAUCUCCUACCUCGAUUACGGAGAAGGAGAAAAAAGCAAAUCCGACGGCGGGGAGCAUGGUGAGGAUCGAUCGCGAAGCUUUUGUGGAUGUAGUUUGUCAGGCGCUGAACGAGUACCACUACGCCGCGCCGAACACGCGGUCAGAUCUGAUGCUGGCUUGCAAAAUUCGCGAGCGGAAAAGUUCGGUGACAGUGUUGCUCUGUGGGACUAGCGGUUGCGGCAAGUCAACGUUGGCCUCUCUACUGGCCAGUCGUCUGGGGAUCACUACCGUGGUCUCUUCCGAUUCCAUACGGCACAUGAUGCGUUCCUUCGUGAGCGAGAAGGACAAUCCGCUGCUUUGGGCGUCGACGUAUCACGCAGGAGAGUUCAUCGACAUGGACGCAGUAGAAGCGGUGAAAGCGCCGUCCAGCGGACGCAAAGCCGAUCCUGAAGAGAGCGCCGGCUCUGGCGCGGGUUCGAAAGGAGAGAUGCAAAGAACUGGAACGCCAUUGCCACUAGCGUCAUCAUGCGCCGGCUAUGCUUGGGGAAGCAGAGCGCCGGUGAGGGACGGUGAAAUGGAUGUCGGGAUCUGGACAGAAGCAGGGGCGGCAGCUGGAUUGAACGGCAGGUCGUCGGAAGUACCUGGGAAUAAGCAGUGUCUUUUACAGAAGGAGCCGGUAGAGGGAGGAGGGGACGUGACGGUUGAUGAUCCCUCUGCUGCUUCCUCGCACCCUCCUCCUCGGUACAGACCUUCUGCGACGGAGGAGGAGAAGGACCAACGGUGGCAUCCAGGUGACAGCGGCGGCGUGAAUGUGGUACACGGGACUGGUCGGAUCGAUGAUCCCACGGAUGAGAAAAGCCUGGAGGAGGAUGCGGUGGAUCGGAGACUUCGCAGAUGUGUCAGCGGCGACGGAGAUUGGGGAGUAGUAGGUGGCAAAAAUGACGGUGAAGAAGACGAGAAUAAGCAAGGGGUUCAGUGCACGACGACGCAAAAUGGACGUGGAUCUCGUUGUAUGAUGCGGUCGGGUAUCAGCGAUUCUGGAGCAAGUAUUGGAGCGGAACGUGGAGGCUCUCUCUCCCUUCCGACCGGAGGCGAUGUACCGCCAACUUCUUCUUCUUCUUCUUCUUUGGUUGGGCAGCAGUGUGGCUCGAGUGGUGGUGGCGGUGGUGGUGGUUAUUGUGGGUUGGCAGCAGGGCCAGCAGACGGAGCGACAGCAACAUUUACUUCUGCUACUAUGUGUGGAGGAGGAGGUAGUGUAGGAGAUUUCGCGAGCGGGGCGGAUAAGAAGCGAACCAUUAAGGGGUAUAAGGCGCAGAGCGAGAUGGUGAUUGACAGUUUGGAUAGAUUGAUCGGCACAUACGAAAAGCGGAAGGAGUCGGUGGUGGUGGAAGGCGUUCAUUUGAGUCUGAACUUCGUGAUGGGUCUGAUGAAAUCGCAUCCGUCCGUGAUUCCGUUCCUAGUGUACAUCAGCAACGAGAGCAAACACUUGGAACGUUUUGCGGUGAGAGCCAAGUACAUGACACUGGAGCCGUCGCGGAACAAAUACGUUAAGUAUAUACGAAACAUCCGGACGAUCCAGGACUACCUAUGCAAGCGCGCGGACAAACACCUCGUGCCCAAGGUGGACAACACGAAUGUGGACAAGAGUUUGGCGGUGAUUCACGCCACCGUCUUCGGGUGUCUGCGUAGGAGAGAAUCGGGGGAGUCCUUGCUCGACGUGGCGACCAACACAGUUCGUCCGGUGUACUUGGAGUAUCAGAGUCAAUACCCGAGCGCCACGGUCAGCUCAAAGGGGAUGUUUCAAUUGAUUCAGAGAAAAGGCUCGCAGAAGGAUCUGAUGGCGUUGAUCGCCUCGGACGGUCGAAUGGCGGGGCCGUGGCCUGUGCCUCCGGGCACGACGGUGCAGACGCUUCUGGAAUCUGGUGGGGGCGGCGGAGGGGGAGGGGUUGAUCAAGUGGGAGGUGGUCGCGCAACGGACGCCACUGUCCCGCCAAACCCGAAUGCGGAUUUGAAUGUGAAUGGAGACGCGGGGAUCGGAACCGGGAGCCAAAUGGAGGAGUAUGGAAUGACGGGGGGACGGGCGCAGGUGCAGCAGGGACAGGGGGAGGAGCAACAAAGAGGACGGAAGUCCGCGGAGAGGAGUUCGCCAGCGGAGGGAGGGGGAGGAGAUGGUGCGGGGACCGGAGAUAGGAGUCCGCGGGUGCUGUGGUCCCCAGUUCACCUCAGGUUCGGAGGGUAUGGAAUUGCCGGUUGGGGAAGUGAUGUGGGCGGGAGCAAUUAUAGCAGCGGAGGAGAGAGUGGGGGAUCAUCUGGGGGACGGUUGGGGGGUGGCGGUUGGUCCAGCAGGGGCCCUAUUUCGACGGUUCAUGGGGCCGUGGGAGGAGUGGCUGGGUUUCAGGAUUACGAUCUGUGGAGCACUAGCAGAGCCAGUACUUCGGGGUCCAGCUCUCCUCUCCGCGGCGACGAAGCUAUGGAGCUCACGGCGGCGGCGGAGGCGGCGGUGGGAGGGGGCUCUCCAUGCCGAGGCGGUUAUUAUGAAAUUCAGGAUGCGCUGGGUUACUACGCAGAUGGUGGGCAACAGGAAGGUAUGAUCGGAGAAACGGUCGACCCCUCUAGUGAAGAGGUGGAGGAGGAUGUGGGGCAGGAAGUGGGGGAGGGAUGGGAAGACAGCGAUGCUGGUGCGCGGACGAAAGAGGAAGAGGGCGCGGAGGUUGGAUCGGUUAAUGAAAGCUCAGGGGGAUCAGAUGAAGAACAGCCGCCGCAACAACUCAAGGAAGCAGCGGGCGGAAUGGGACUGAGAUGGAGCGGCAGCCGUGGCGGGAGUGUGGAGUCCAACGGAAGGGAGGAGAUGUCAGAAGGGAGCAGCGGGUGGGCGGAGGACGAUGAACGAAGCGAGAGUGAGGAAGAGUAUGCGGGUAGAGUCGGCAAUUCCAAGGGGGAUACUGCUAGCGAGGAUCGCUGGCGUGCCGGCGGCUGGAAGAACAGCCAGCGCUCCAAGGUCACCACCGCUGCGGCUUUCUGACUGCAGGGAUGAUCUGAAUGAGCGAGUGGAUAUCGUUUACGUACAUACAAUGGCGCGUCAACAAGUCUCAAUGCCGUGUCCACUAUCUCCGUGUCCUUGUCAUGCUCUUUUCGCUGUGUUUGCCCGCUGACACGGUUACUGCGUCCUCCUCUUGAUCUCCACGUCCUUGCUUCUUUCGUCUAUUUCUGCGGGGUUUCCUUCCUUUCCCCUUCAAUUUUGUCGCGUGCGCACUCCUGCGGUUUUGGUACUCUUCUUUUCUCUGUUCCUCCUUGUGUGUGAAUUUAGUUGGGGUAAGGCAGCGAGAAGGGAUUCAUGCGUGUAAAUUGCUGGUCGCAGUUGGCCUUUCCACAGGCCGCAGGAAUGAAGUGAAGUGAAGUGCCGCCGUAAACCAACUGAUGAUCCCAUUGUCAGUGAGAGCGACCGAUCGGUCGCUGCCAGUGUCGUGCGUCGGUCACGCAGCGGGAAACAACACGUUACUUGGGAGAGAGAGAGAGAGAGAGAGAGAGAGAGAGAGAGAGAGAGAGAGAGAGAGAGAGAGAGAGAGGUUACCUCAGAUUUUAUCGAGGCAAGACGGCACUUGGAAGACGAGAGGGAUACUGGUUACUUCAUACUUUGUCUCUAACACAAAUGCUAUGGCUGUGACACGGUUAGAGCUUUCAGUUCUGCAGAGAGAGAGCAGGGAUAAGAGAGAGAGAAUCGAUCAUUGCAAUUGCAGUAGAGUUGUAAGAGUAAGUUGUAGCGUUGUAAGAGUAAGAAGGGAGUAGAAACGGGGUGUCGUCUUGAAUGAAAUGGCGACGGCGAAGGUUGAAGAGUGGGGGAGGAGAGGGAUACGCAGGAGGACAGAAGAAGACGGUUGGCCUCACCGCACCACUCACCAAUGCGCAAAACGAGAAUGCAUCUCCUGCUAGAACGUAUAAAGAUGUUCCCGCCAUAUUUUUGCCUUUCUCACAUUUGGUGAGUGGUGCGGUGAGGCCCUAUAUCGCCGAAUGGUGGUGGUGAUAGCACGUGGUAUCCACGGGCGCCCGGAAGGAAAGAACAAAUAAAGGUGUACGGUAACCGAGCUUGUACACAACGCAUCUAACGUUGUGCACGAUUGUCAUAUAGAAGAGGAGAGGAGAUGGCGGCAGAAUGAGGGAGGGAAGAGUGAACGGGUGUGACGGAAGAGGAGAACGGUGGCAGUAUGGAUGAUGAAGUCCUGCUACGUGACUGGGCCCUUGCGAGUGACAAGGAGAAGCAGCAGCUCUAGACGUGUACAUAUGUGCAUUCUUUCUUUGUCUGUGGACGAUGCAGUGCUGCUGGCCGAGAGAGGAGCGUGCAGCGAUUUUGAUCUCAGUCGAUGAGUAAUAAGUGUUUUCAACGUCUGCGUUGGAUUUGGAUAUCGAUUCGCGCUUUAAGCCUUACCGAUUUCGCGUCUAUAUGUGCUACAGUUCUCACGGCUAAGCUGGAGGCUAAGUGCUUUCUGUGGUGCUCCGUCUCGCCCUCGUGCUUCCUUGACGACAGGCAGCACGUAGCACGAGAUGGAGGACCACAAGGUGCAGUUCAUCCCAAUGUGCAAAAUAUGAGUGAAUCCUCCGCUAGCACAUGGAAAGAUUCAAUGCCAUAUUUUAAGUCUUUUCUGCAUGUGUUGACUAGUGGAGCGGCGGCCAAUAUCUGCUUGUUGCGCUCCAACCACCAGUUGUGUUUCUACAUGUACGAUUACGAUGCUUUGCACG